CCAAGAUUUAAAAAUUACUGCGCAUUGUCGUUCGAAGGCCGCCAAAGGUUUUAGAAGCCUAUGAUUGCUAUCUUUAAGGACUCAAAAGUUCAGAUGGUUCAGUAAGAGUUAAUGACAACGACCACCACUGUUUUGAUGCAAGUUAACCAAAUGAUGCUGUGGAUAAUUUUAUUUAUUGAGGUGAACAUCUUCACAUUCAUUUUAUGGCUGUGCCUUUUACUUCUUGCUCAAAUUAAACGAACAAAUAUAGAACAGCCAGUCCUCAUCAUCACUGCGCAUCCAGAUGAUGAAUGUAUGUUCUUUGCUCCGACUAUACUCAAAUUAGUAAAUAGCGGAUACGAAGUCGACCUACUUUGCUUUACCACUGGGAAUUAUGGUGGAGUUGGUCAUGAAAGGAAGCGUGAACUGGACGUUGCAAUGAAGAGAUUGGGAAUUCGACGUUCAACCAUUAUUGAUUCAGAUACAUUUGAGGAUGGUCCUAGUUCAUUUUGGCCAACAAAGGAAUUAAUUGAUAUCGUCUGUCAAACAUGUCAUAAGUUCCGUUCUCGUUCUGUGGUGAGUUUCGACGAAUUUGGUGUAAGUGGACACAGAAACCACUGCGUACUUGCAAAAGUCUUAAAAAAAGCGUGUAGAGACCAACUUAUUCCCCAACUAUUUGUCCUACAAAGUGUUUCCAUUUUACGUAAAUAUUGUUUCUUAAUUGAUCUAUUCUUCUCUAUUUUAUUUAAAGAGAACUUCAUUUGUUCACCUUUCCGAUUACUGUACGUCCCUUAUUUCAGUAUGAUAAGUCAUAAAUCACAAUUAGUUUGGUUCAGAUGGUUAUACAUGUACUUUUCUGUAUAUAUGUACAAAAACUGCAUCGUACGAUAUGAACGCUAUUCCUGAAGAACUUUGUAACAUUCACUUAAUUCAUCUGCAGCUAAUUUUUUUAUACACUCAGUAUUUCUGUCCCUUACGGUUUUCAGACUUAAGAAUAUCACAACUUCAGUUGCGAUCGAAUAGUCCCCAGGGCUUUAUAAUAUAAAAAGUUCAUGUUUACGGUAAAUCAUCAUGAUAGUUCUGGGAGCCAAGUAACACCCAGUUAAAAGUAAUUUGUUAAAGACCUAUGAUAUGACAAAGAUUAUUCCUAUGUCCAUUGUAAAUGGUACGCAAGUAUACGCAUAAAAGUUCUCUAAAUAUACUUCCGACUAGCAACCUUCAAUCAAUACGCUCACAAAGUUGGUCCUUU